CCUACCCGCUCUGGGCUGAGCCCACUGGCCCAGCCCGCUCUGGCCAAAUUAGGCUAGUUCCCGGGCCGCGCACGCUUCCAGAACUUUCCGGAAUGCGCCGCGCUGUCUGCAAGUCAAGGGUCAAAUCGCGUCAUUUCCGGGAGGGGACGAAAGGAUAGUUCUUUCACCUCUGCUGGCCGCCUAGAAAAGCCUAGAAGGAGCUCCUUUUUCUCCCGCCUCCCGGCCCCCGCGUCAGUAGCCUGCGCAGAACCCUCGAGCGAAUCGCGGCGCGCGCUGGUGCAGCCGCCCUCUCUCCCCGGGAGGGGCAGGGGCGAGGCGCGGGGGCGGCAGCGAGCGCGCCUGCGCGGGCCCUGGGUUUUUCACGUGUCCCGAGGGCCGGACUUACGCGUUUCUUGCAGCGGCUGCACGAGAGCAGGGUACGGACUGCGGCGGCGGGAGUCAUGGCAGGACAAGCAUUUAGAAAGUUCCUACCGCUUUUUGACCGAGUAUUGGUUGAAAGGAGUGCAGCCGAAACUGUAACCAAAGGAGGCAUUAUGCUUCCAGAAAAAUCUCAAGGAAAAGUGUUGCAAGCAACAGUAGUGGCUGUUGGAUCGGGCUCUAAAGGAAAGGGUGGAGAGAUUCAACCAGUUAGUGUGAAAGUUGGAGAUAAAGUCCUUCUCCCAGAAUAUGGAGGCACCAAAGUAGUUCUAGAUGACAAGGAUUAUUUCUUAUUUAGAGAUGGUGACAUUCUUGGAAAGUAUGUAGACUGAAAUAAAUCACUAUUGAAAUGGCAUUGACAUGAAGCUCAUUCCACUGAAGUUCUGAAAUCCUUCAUCAUGUAAAUAAUUUCCAUGUCUCUCUUUUAUAAUAAACUAAUGAUGUCUAAACUGCUGACAUCCCGUGUUUAAAAUGUAGUUUCACUGUAGUGAUACAAAUAUUUCCAAAUAAAAAUAUGUAAAUGAGUGGUU